AUGGCACCUGCACUGGCAGGCAUCUCCGCCCAGGCGUCGGAUCCAGAGCACCCGCAGGUGCAGAAGGACAAGGCCCUAUUCAAGGUCAACGCCCGCGAGCGGCGAGCUGAGGAACGCAAACAGAAGCGCAAAGAAAAGGCAGCUGCCAAGAAGGAGCGCAAGCUCAAUGUCAAGCGCAGCGCCAAAUGGAACGAGGAGCGCAGGCAGGAGAUGAAGGCCAAGAAGCUUGAGAAGAACAUGGAUCCCGCCAAGCGCGAGAGACGGCGCCUGCGUCUACUCCAGAGACAUAAAAAGCUCACGAUCCAGGCCGAGAAGUUUACGGCAGAGGCCGAGAAGGCACUGGCACAGUACAAGCACAUGACUGAGGCUAAAGAGCGAGCUGAGAAGGAGGGUAUCUCGCUGAAGCAUACCGCCGAUGACGCAUCAGAUGAUAGCGACUCCUCGCUCGACAGCGAAUCUGGCGGUGCUGGUAUUGCUGACCCCGAGAACGGCACUGUGCCUGCCGACGAGGUCGUCCUGAAGCACCGCCGCGAAAGCGAUGCGUCAGCCCACAGCACCGUCUCCGCCACGGCCACGGCACGAUUGAAGGAAGAAAAGCCUAAGAAAGACAAGCACAAAAAAUCGACCCAUGCCGAUUCCGAAGACGUUCUUAUGGAGGACGUCGGAGAGAGCAGAAAGCCCAAGAAGGACAAGAAGAAGAUAGCCAAGGCUGUCCAAGCCGACGACGAUGUUGAUGAAUCCGUCGCGACGCCCAAACACGAUCUGAAGCGCAAGCACGAGGACAAGGAGGGGGACGAGGCGCCGGCAUCCAAGAAGAAGAAGGAGAAGAAGGAGAAAAAGGAAAAGAAAGAGAAGAAGGAGAAAAAGGAAAAGAAAGAGAAGAAGGUGAAGGAUACCAAGGUUGCCAAGGAGGCUGACGCCAGUGCCGACGUAGCUGGAGCAGACGAUGCUGCCAAGUGGAACGUGGGCGAUCUCGGAGGCGGUUCCGCGCGACAGGCCAAGUUCCUUCGCCUCCUCGGAGGCAACAAGGACGCCACGGCUGACCCAUUGACGUCGGGAGCGGUCCCCAAGGGCAAGUCUGCGUCUACCAAGGCCGAGGCCGAAAUCCAGCGCCAGUUUGAGGAGGGCAUGAAGGCCAAGUUCGACGGCACGGGCAAGCGCCGCGGCCUGGGCGCAUAA